AUGCGCGACACCAGUGAUCCUACGACGCUUCGCAUCGGCGACCUCUUCUGGAAGCAAGAUGGACCGACGCAGUGGACGCUCGCGAAGCUUCUAUCGCAGCAAGAGAAUGGCAUGGCCACGGUUGGGCUCGUCGACGAGACCACUGGCGCGCUCCUGCCCAACGAAGAGCACGACGUCGAGGCCGCGCAGCUGCGCCCGGCCAACCCGCUCACGAGCCACUGCGCCGACAUGACGAGCCUGCGCUACUUGCACGAAGCCGCGCUGGUCAAGAAUUUGCACGACCGCUGGGUGGCCACGGAUCGCCUGACGUACACGGCCAUGUCCAACGUGCUCAUCGCGGUCAACCCGCUCAAGGUGCUGCCCAACCCCGAGAAGGCCGCGAUUGUGCAGAACGCUUUGGACAAGUCGCCGCCGCAUCCGUACCAAGUGUCCGAGAGUGCCUAUCGUCAAAUGCGUACGGUCAAGAAGAACCAGUCGAUCAUCAUCUCGGGUGAGAGCGGGUCGGGCAAAACCGAGACGUCCAAGAUCAUUUUGGACUAUUUGACGGCCCGGUCGGGACUGGAUGCAAGCGCCAAGCCGACGCGGUCCAAGCAGGUGGACUUUGAACACGUGCUCGGCGACCAGCUCAUGGAGACGAUCCCGAUCCUCGAGUCGUUUGGCAACGCCAAGACGCACCGCAACCACAACUCGUCGCGCUUUGGCAAGUACAUGCGCCUCCAGUUCACGCCCAAGGAUGCCAGCGCCAAGAACUCGCUCUUGCGGCUCUCGGGCGCGUCCAUCGACACGUACUUGCUCGAAAAGUCCCGCCUCGUCAUGCCGCCCGAGGGCGAGCGCAACUUUCACGUCUUCUACGAGCUCCUCCGGUCGGGCGACGCGCCGCUGCUUGAGUCCCUCAAGCUCGAGCACAUGCGCACGUACCGGUACCUCAACGUCUCGGGCUGCGUGCACGCGACCAACAUGGACGAUCGCAACAACUUUGCGCGGCUGCUUGGCGCGUUCCAGAAGAUCGGCAUCGACACGAACGAGCUCACGCGUGUGGUCGCUGGUCUUCUCCACCUCGGCAACGUGACGUUCGAGGAAGAGGACACCAACCAAGGCAUGACGGCGACGCUGCAGACGUCACCGGAGAUGGACGACGCGCUCUCGAUCGCAGCCGACCUCCUCGGGCUGCGCGCCGACACGCUCCUCAACGUCAUGACGAGCCGCCGCAUCUCGCGCCAAAACAGCCGGCAAGCGUCUGUGUACGUGGUCAAGAAGGACGUCAAGCAAGCGAGCUACUCGCGCGACACGAUCGCCAAGAUGAUCUACGAACAAGUGUUUGGCUGGCUCAUGCGCAAGUGUGCGGCCGCGCUCAAGUACAACGCCGACGCGCAAGACGUCUUGCCGUACAUUGGCGUCCUCGAUAUCUUUGGUUUCGAGGAUUUCGAGCCCAUGAACCGCAACUCGUUUGAGCAGCUCUUGAUCAACUACGCCAACGAGACGCUCCAAGACAUGUUCAACGUGUGCAUUCUCAAGGCCGAGCAAGAAUUGUACCAAGCCGAGCACGUCUUUGCGCCGCAAAAUAUCGGGCUUCGCUUUGCGUUCGACCCGAGUACCUUUGCGACAGCGCCGAUCCCGCGCCGAUUGGACGAGCUCUCGACGGAAAUCCACUACGACGACAACCAUGCGUGUCUCUCGCUCAUCGCGGGCCGCUACGACAGCAUCUUUGCCAUGAUCGACACGGUCGGCAUUCUCGCCGGGUCGUGCGAUAAGAAGCUCAACGAGAAGCUCCACCAAGCGUUCAAGAAGCACCCAUGCUUUCCGCUGCCGCACCCCAAGGACGCGCACCACGACUUUUGUAUCAAGCACUUUGCGGGCACGGUGCACUACCGCAUCGACUCGUUCAUUGACAAGAACAACAACGUGACGUCGGUGCAGUUCCAAGACCUCAUCCAUAGCUCGACGCUCAACGUGCUCAAAGAGACGGUCUUCUCGUCGCGCAACGUCGGAAGCAUCUCGAAGAUGUUUUCGCAGCAGAUGAAGGGGCUUGCGGCCGAGCUCGACAGCACGCGCUGCAACUUUAUCCGGUGCAUCAAGCCCAACGCGGCGAUGGACCCGACACUCUUUGACCGUGACAGUGUUCUGAGUCAACUGCGCUGCUCGGGGACCGUCCAAGCAUGCCAGGUGCUCCAGGUCGGCCUCCCGACGCGCGUCGCGUACCACGAGCUCCUCGCGGUCUACGCGCCGGUGGUGCCGCCGUCGUUUCUCACCAAGUACGAGUCCCAGCCCCGCGUGUUUACGCAGGGGCUGUGCCACGCCCUCGAGAUUCCGCUCGACGCGGUUCGGUUUGGCGAGUCGCGUCUCUUCUUCAAGGCGGGCAAGGUCGACUUGCUCGACAAGCUCUUAAAUGCGACCGAGUGGAUCUCGGUCGAGUUGCUCAUCGCGACGCUCAACAAGUACCUCGUCAAGAAGCGCUGGCUCCGCGCCGUCACAAAGGUGAUGGUCGCCAAGGCGUUCGAGAAGCUCUUCCUCGCGAGUCAAAUGCGGCACAAGGCGAUCAUGCUGCAGUGCUGGUGGCGCCAGCGCCGCGCCUGCCGCCGCAUCGAAGCCAUCCGCAAGAAACUGCGCAUUUCGCGCAUCUGGAGCCGCAUGAAGGACAAGCUGCUCGUGCAGUCGGCGUUUGAAGGUCGCGUCGAAGAGAAGAUGACGCUGCUGCACGCACUCCUCCUUCGCAAGGACGUGAAACAAGACUCCAAGUGGCUCCUCCAGUGGCUCGGACCGCUCCAGCGCACCAUGUACGUCCAGAAGCUCGGCAAGUCGGCCUGCAUGACGUACCUCGCCAAGCGCGCCUUUGUCCAGCUCCUUGAGCACGUCCGGCAGAAGCGUGCUUCCAUCGCGCUCCAGUCGCAGGUCCGGCGGUACCUUGCGGUGAAGGAAGCCAACGCACUGCGCAAAAAGAUGCAAGCGCAAAAACACUGGCGCAAGAUGCGCCUCUGGCUCACGGCGUCGGCCAAGCUCGUGGGGCUCUUCCGCCGCGUGCAUCUGACGCGCCUCGAGCUCGACAAUGCGCGCAUGGCGACCGAGAUCGACUCGUUCAAGGCCGAAGCAGUAGCCGCGCACGCCAAGGCGGCUGCGGUCGCCGUCGACGCCAAGGAGGCGGCGGCAGCGCAUGCUGCAACCAAGGCGCAGUACGAAGCCUCAAUGGACGCGCUCGAAGCCAAGCUGGCGCAAGCCGACGUGCAGAUCCAGUGGCUCGACCAGGAAAACGCUGACAAGGACAGCAAGAUCCUCGAGAUGCGCAUGGAAGCCAAAGACCUCAACGACGCGAUCGCGGACGCCGAGACGACGCUCGAGUGGACGAUUUCCAAGAAGGAUACGACCAUCACGUCGCUCCAAGGCGAACUCGCGGCGUUGAGCCUCAAGCUCGAGGCGCUCGAGGCAGAACACGCGGCGUGUGCUGCCGUGUCUGCCCGCUUGGAGGAAGCCAACGACGCGCUCGAUACGCUCCAAGAAGAAUUCGACGACGCGAUUGCUGCCAUGGACGCCAAGAUGACGCAGCAGUCGGCGGACGCGGCGACCGAGCACGCGAUGGAGAUUGAACGUCUCGAAGCGGCACUGGCCGCCGCUGACGCCGCCCGCGUCCAAGCCGAAGACCUCCACGCAGCGGCCAUGGUGGACCACGCAGUGCAGAGCCAGACCUUGGAAACGACGCAAGAAACGAUGGUAGCCGAGCACAAGGCGGCUGUUGAGGCCCUGGAAGCGCAACUGGCGACGGCCAACGCGCAGCUGGCCGAGGCCAAGACGUCCCAUGAGGAGGCUGUCGCUGCGCACGAAGACAUGCUCAUUGCGUUUGGCGCCAAGGUCGACGAGCAAAUGGCUGCGCACGACGAGGCGAUCGCAGAACUCGACUCGAAGCUCGACGCGGCCGACGAAGCGCGCGCGGACCUCGAAGCGCAGUUGGCUGAAGCUGCGGGGGCGCAUGAAGCAGCGGCAGCCGAGCACGCGUCGCGCGUCAAGAAGCUUGAGACCAAGCUCAGCAUUCACGCGGCGCUGCGCGAGACGAUGAAGAUCGAACACGAGAAGCUCGUCGCCAGCCUCCAAGAGAAGUUGACCGCUGCCGAGACGCAGCGCGACGCCUUCGAGACCCAGCUCGCCGAAGCUACCGUGAGCCAUGCCAUCAAGAUCCAGACGCUGGAAGCCAAGAGCACCGAGUCAUCGGGUGCCAUGGCAGCCUUGGCGACCGAGCACGCGGCUGCGAUUGCCACGCUUGAAGCCAAGGUCUCGGCAACGGACGCACGGCGCAAGUCGAUCAAAGAAGAGCUGCGUGCAGCACUCGCUGAACAUGCAACGGAGAAGGCUGCGAUGCACACAUCAAUCUCCGAGGCAACGGCCGCGAAGCUUGCUCUCGAGACGACACUUGCAGCCACGGCAGAGAAGCUUGCAGCCCUCCAGGCCACUCUUCAGGAAAACACUACCAAGCACGAACAGGUGACGACCGACCUUGACGCACAACUUCGUGAAACAGACCACCAUCGUGCUACCCUCGAGAAGCAGCUGCAGGCCACGGCUGCUCUUGAAGCUGCCAAGGCCGAGCGUGAUGCCAACAUCGCCGCUCUUGAAGCCAAGAUCGCCGAGCUCACCUCCAGCCACGACGCUGCCGUCUCGUUGCACGAGGCCUCGGCGUCGGAGCUCCAGAACAAGCUCUCGGAGGCGGAGAAGGCCACGGCUGCUCUCGAAGCUGCCAAGGCCGAGCGUGACGCCAGCAUUGCCGCUCUUGAAGCCAAGAUCGCCGAGCUCACCUCCAGCCACGACGCUGCCGUCUCGUCGCACGAGGCCUCGGCGUCGGAGCUCCAGAACAAGCUCUCGGAGGCGGAGAAGGCCACGGCUGCUCUUGAAGCUGCCAAGGCCGAGCGUGAUGCCAGCAUCGCCGCUCUUGAAGCCAAGAUCGCCGAGCUCACCUCCAGCCACGACGCUGCCGUCUCGGUGAUGGAUACCAAGAUCGCUGAGCUGACGGCUAGCCGCGACGCGGCGAUCUCGUCGCAAAUCGCAACGGCAUCCGAGCUUGUUGCAGAAGUCGCAGAGGCAAAGACUGCCAUGGCUGCUGCCGAAGCUGCCAAGGCCAAGUGCGACAUUGCCAUUGCUGCUUUGGAGACUCAAGUCGCGAGCCUCACCGCGAUCAACAAAGCGUCGGUGGCAACGGCUGCUGAACUCGAAGCGAAGUUGAUCGAACUGACGGCCGCAAAGUCGACUGUCGAGACCCAGCUCCGCGACACUGCGGCUGCCGUCGAGGCCGUUGAGGCGGAACGCGACGCGAUUGCGGCUUCGGUGGCGGUACUCGAGGCCUCGUUGAGCGAAGCGUCGGUGCAUCAGGCGGUGACGCAAGCUGAUGUGCAGACAGCGCUCUCUGCCAAGGCGACUGCGUUGGCGACAAUCGUUGCGCUUGAAAGCCAAAUGGCAGACGACGCGGCCUCGCAUGCCGCGGCCGUCGCCGAGCACGCGGCGUCGGUCGCGGCUCUCGAGGAGCAAUUGCGCGAAACCACCGCCAACCACGCGGCGGCAGUGGCACGUCUCGAGACGGAGCUUGACCAGACCCGCGCCCAAUUGACGAACGCAACGGCGGCACUGGCGGUGCACGACGACACGAUCGCGACCUUGCAAACGGCGCAAGCCACGGCCAAGGCCGAACACGAAGCGGCAUUUGUGGCUCUUCAAGCCUCGCUGACCGAUGCGAACGACCGGCAUGCGGAGCUUCUGGCGGCCGAGUCGAGUCGCACGCGAGCUGCCGAGGCUGCUCUUGCCGACGCCAACGCGGAACGCAGCGCCGUCGAAACAAAGUUGGUGGAGGCCCUCGCUGCUGCCAAAGCCGAGUACGAGACGGCCCUCUCGACGACCGCAGCGGCGUCAACGGCCGACGUGGAGGCCAAGCUGCACGCCGCCGAAGCGCAGCGUGCAGCCCUCGAAGCGGAUCGCGAUGCGCGUGCUGCGCAGCUUCUCGAUGCCAUCGACGCUGUUCAGGUUGCCAAGUCGGAGCACAACGCUGCUCUCACCGAGGUGACCGCGGAACUUCGCGCGCUCAAGGCGCAGUACGCGUCGCUUGAGGUUGCCAAGAACGAGCGUGAUGUUGCUGCCGAAGGGCUGGCGCAAACGGUGCGUCAGCUCCAGGAAGGCAAGGUUGCGAGCCAGGAGCAAGUCCAGAACCUAGAGACUCAGCUCGUCAAGCUCGAGGAGAAGCUCGACGCGGACAAGUCGAGCGCCAUGGCAACCAUUGCGACGCAUGUCGCCACAAUCAAAUCGCUCCAAGUCGCUCCCCGCGCUGUCGAAGCCGUUUCGUCGGUGGCGGCGAGCGCAUUGCAAGCGGCCGCCCCGAGCGAGAGCGCCAAGGUCAAGUCGCUUCAGAGCAAGCUGGCGACUCUCCAAGAGCAGCUGGAUACGCUGCGCGCCGUGCAUCAGUCGGCGGUUGGCCGCGACAUUGACGUCGACGUGAAGCAGCUGGCUGCGAAGUGCGCCACUAUGGCCGAUGCCAAGACGGACACGGCGCCGGUCGUCGAUGCGACAGCACCCAAGCCGCGGUCGCUUCCGUCGGGCGUUCUCUCGCGGUCGAUUCCGACGCCGACAACUGAAAUCGAAAAGCUCAAGGCCGAGAUCAAAGAGCGGGAGGACCGUCUCCGCCAACUGACCAAGACUGACCCUCCCUCGUCGCGUGGUGCGGGCUUCCUCGCCUCCAAGUCGACGGCGACCAUGGCCCUCCUGCUCACGGUGUUUUGCGUCAAGGAGCUCGUUGCGCUCCGUUUCAAGUAG